UAUUGCUUUUAAACAUCAAUUUGCAGUGACUCAAAGCUGGGCUGCAUUCGAAUAUAUUUUUGUUUUACAGUAGCUAACGCUAAUAAUUUUUGUGAAAUUUUAAUUGAGCAACUAUAAAUUUAAAAACAUUCAAAAUGGGUGAUAUCCAAGUUCUAACGUCGGAUUUUGUCAAUCUUCAAAUAUCAACUUCUAAAAAUGAUAUUUCCUUUGGCGAGAGACGAUUUCCAAAAGACAUUACCAUAUCAGAGUUGAAAGCCAAACUAGAACUAGUAACCGGAGGGAGUUGCGCCACAAUGCGAAUAGAAACUUACACCAAAGACAAUAAGCUGGUAACAAGUCUGGAUGAUAAUAGUGCGCUUGUCGGGUCUUAUCCUCUAGAAGAUGGCAUGAGGCUGCAUAUUGUCGAUGACUUUCAAUUACGAAAUGAACUGGAUUCUGGAAAUGUUCCAAAGUUUGAGCUGACUGAAGAAGAGUAUUCUAAAAGAAAUGAUUCUGUUAAAAUGUUCCUGAUGAAAAAUAAAAUGGGAAAAUACAAUGAAGAAUAUGCAGAAAAAAAGAAGCAAAUGGAGCAGGAGGAGAAAAAACUAGCAGAAAGUAUUGAGGCUGGUUUGCGGUGCAAGGUAUCAGUUGCCAAUGCCCCAUCUAGGUUGGGAACAGUUAUGUACAGUGGUACAGUUGAGGGGCUUCAGGGUUAUUGGAUUGGUGUGAAAUAUGAUGAACCCCUUGGCAAACACAAUGGAACUGUCAAAGGAAAAACCUACUUCGAAUGUCCAGAUAAAUAUGGUGCAUUCGUCAAGCCCCAAUGUGUUUCAGUUGGAGAUUUUCCUGAAGAAGAUUACGAUUUAAAUGAAGAACUUUAAUCAUCAUACACUUUCUCAGCAUUUACUACAUGAAUUGUAUUUAUAAGUUGUUUUAACAUGUGAUAUAGGCUUAUAUUUUUUUUUUAUUAAACAUUUUCAAAAAAUUCAGAUGUUUGACACUUAAAAUAGGAAUUUUUUAUGAGUUCAUUUACCC